AUGACGCCCUCGACGGGGAUCACGCUGAACACGCUCUGGCCGCUGUGGUUUUGGGUGCCUGCGCGAAGGUGCCGCCGUCCCCGCAGGUGCCCGCCCCAGGCCCGCUGGAGCAGCCUGUGGCACGUGGGGCUUAUCUUACUCGCUGUCCUUCUGCUGCUGCUGUGCGGGGUCACAGCCAGCUGUGUCCGGUUCUGCUGCCUCCGGAAGCGGGCACACACCCAGCCACACCUGCCAGCAACACCUCAGCCUUGUGGCCUGACGGUCAGCCCUACAGACAGUGACAGCCCGGUGCACAGCACUGUGACUUCUUACAGUUCUGUGCAGUAUCCGCUGGGCACGCGGCUGCCUCUGCCCUUUGGGGAGCUGGACCUCGACUCCAUGACCCCUCCUGCCUACAGCCCGUAUGCCCCUGAGCUGCCACCCUCCUACGAAGAGGCUGUCAAGAUGUCCAAACCCAGACAGGAAGAGCCACCCUCCUCUUAG